CCCGCUCGCCCAUUCACAUUCCGCCGCCCGCCCGAUCUCACGUGUCCACCGAGUCGCCCACCCGGGAGCCCCCAGCGUGCUUAUCACCCAAUCACUCGCUUAUCAAUAGCUUAUCACCCGCUUAUCGCUUGCAGUAGCCUAUCCAUUCGGUUCGAUUCUUCGAGGCUUCGAGGCCGGGUUUACCAUGAAACUCCACCCCGCCACCGCUCGGUUCCGAGUCCUUUCUCUCUUUUCUUUCUUUUUGUUUUUCCUAUGUGGUGUCCAGUCUCGUGCUUUGAGCCAGGAACUCUCGGGCCUACAGAACAUCAAUCUCAGAAAUCUUAUUCCACUCACAUCGUCCAGACUAAAGCGAUCUCAUGAACACAUCAUAAAAGACUGUAUGGAGGUGCAGAGUGAGGAAGGGCAAUAUUUUUUUAAAGCAUCACAACGAGACAGUAAUAUGGUUUGUGGCGUCUACCUCUUGACGGAUCCGGACAAGAACAUCGAAGUAAUUUUUGACUACCUCAACGUACCCUGCGAGACGAAUGGACUCGUAUCGUUUAUCGAUGGUUGGGAGCUGAACGGACAGUUCUUCCCGAGCAUUGAGGACCACCCAAAACCCUUGCAAUCUAGGUUCACAGAGUUCUGUGGACAGAGGAAGGUGAAACAAGUUUUCCAGUCGAGCCAAAAUGCAGCGCUAAUUCAAUACAGGAUUCCGACCCGAGGCAACGGAUUUGGCUUCUCCGUUCGAUUCAUUAAAAACCCAACUCCAUGCAAUAUUCUGCUGGAAGGAACGCAAGACGUAUUCACGCUGAGGAAUUACGGGAAGCAUAUUAACUGCAGUUUAACGACGCUCUACCCAGCCCAGCUCAAGGUUCUAUCACUCGGAGUCGGACUCACGUUCAGGAAACGAAACCUCGAGGUUGAAACGGGAACUAUUCACAAGUGCGAUAAGAGGGGGAUGCCUGACUUCGUGCAGCUAGGUGGUGGAGACGGACUUGAUUUGACGAAACUUGCCGUCGUGGAUUCAAUUUGCGGAAUGGACUCAGUGCCAGAAAAAGUGGUUGAGACGAUUUUUUGCGGGGUGACAACGGUGAGACUGGUAUCUAGCGGAGAGUUCGACAAUGCUGUAACGAUUGCUGUGAGGCCGGCAGAGGAAAACGACAUACCCACCGCCAGUCUGGUUUGCGGUCUGUAAGACAGUCUGAGAGCAGCACUGACCUAAGAAAUGAAUCUGAUGGAAUGCUUCUAUUUGAGCCACGCGUUUCAACUUUUACAUUUUCCCAGUGAUUCUAAUCGUUUCCUAUUCUCGCAUGAUGACAACUCAACUCAAGAGUGACGUACCUACAAAGUGAAAGCUUCAGAUUUUGAAUCUGUCCAGCAGGUUCUGUAGAGACUUGACCGUGAUAUUGUCCUAAUUGUGAAUUUUUUUAUGCAUAUAGACAAAGAAUGGAAAAAAAUGAAAUUAUAUUACAAAGAGAAGCUAAGUCCAUUAUACCAAUAUAUACCGCUCCAAGCGCUUUCAGAGGAAAGGGAUUUCACGAUAAUGAUUUUUUAUCACAUCAGACAAAAUAAUAAAAGAGUCACCUCUGGUGAAAAAGAUCAUUCGCGCGCAUUGAUAUCUGUCGCACUCUUUAAAAUUUCCCAUGUGAUGAAGGGAAAAUUCUAAAAUUCAGUCUCCAAUUCGUCUCAGUAUGUUUGGAAAAACGGAAGAAUAAGUGGACAAUAUAAUUACAUGUGUAUGAUAAUCACUAACUAUAGCACCCAGUUAUUCUGGCAGGACAGAUAUUCUCCGAAAGUAAUCACCAAAAGAAAAAGUCAUCAGGAAAGUAAUCAUUAAAAAUCAAAAUUUUUAUUUCACCAAUGACCUCAGUUUUGAACAAGAAAGCAUUAUUCAUGUUCAAACACUGAAUGACACAACAUCGAUCCAAAUAUCCGAAGAGUAAUCCUUCACUAAAAAAGAAACAGAAACAGAAAAGUACGAAAAUAUAAUGACAGCAUAGGCAUGUAGGUUUAUCACCUAUUGUCUAUCUACUUUUAUCCCUGUUUUUAUAGAAUUACACCGAGAUGGAAUGCGUAUAAUAUUCGGGUGGUUUUUAUUCUUCGGUAAUCACGUGGCUUCUAAUUUUUCCCACUGAGAUCAUUGCAGGAAACAGGAAGUGGCUUUCAUUUUAUACAUAUUAAAUAAAUAAAUAAAAAUGUACAAAACAUGGCAUUUAUUUCAUAUAUAUUUUAGCUCUUUCCCGGUCUCUUCUUUUUUCAAUCAACUGGCAACAGUGAAACAGAGGCGGCUCGGUAAAACAUGUUCACCUAUGAUAUUUGACUUUAAUUUUUUAUGUACCUCACGAGCGAGAAUUUUGAUUAUCAACAAAUAAUGAAGGGAACUUCACAUGGUUGAAAUAUCACCCUAUGCUAACGAUACUUUAAUGUAAACGCAGUGAAAAUAUGCGUUUUCUGGUUUUUUUGUUUAUUCUUUGCAGACGUACAUGAAAAUUUACACUCAUGAUUUCCCACAAGAUCCCAUCAGCCUGCAUUUUGUAGCUGAAUAGCUUGUUGUAAAACGUGUGUCGUUUCAAAAAUCGAUGCGAGGUGUUUGAUCUCAUAUCUUUGUUGUCCCAAGUGAAGUUUCAGCGCAAAAAAACAUGAAAUUAAACGCCAAGAGUAAAAAAGAAGACCUGAAGGAAAAAGCCAUCUGCUUUUGUCUUAAACUCCUGCAGAAUUUCUUAUUCGUAGUAAACAGUACAAUGCAUUCAGUAUUUGAAAGAAAAACUUGAUUAUUAUUUUAAGGCUCUAAAUCUCGUUACCCUCGGAUGAAGACAGGCAUUGGUCGACGGAAUCAACAUUUCUGGAACUGUAAUUUUGAAAUCUGGUCAGUUAGUUCCAAGAACUACAAAGAUGCAACUAAGGAGUGAUGUUCUGUAUGCUUUAUUUGAAGGAAUGUCGAUUGUCCAUUCAUCAUGAGUUAGGUGCAUCUGAUACAGAGUUGUGUUUCAAUAGUCGCAAAAAACCAAAACCAAACCCAAGAUUAGAGACCAGAGGACGAAUACCAAUAACAUUGAUCCAAACACCAGAUUGUACUUCAAUUUUUACGGAGAUAUCGACAAUUCAAAGAGCGGCCAGUCAGAUGACAACGAUCAACCGGGAUCAACCGAGGCGAUGGUGAUAGGAAAAUAUAAUUUAUCCAACUCAAUUUUAGCAGUGCGCAUGGAAAUCAGAGGAUUAAAUUUUUUUUGAAAACAGACCCGCGACAAAAAAAAAUCACUGCUCGGCAAGGUGGAUGGCGUCAUUAAUGUGUUUUUCGGAGGGUGAUGCGGUCGUUAAUAUUUGAUUUGGAUGAUUAUGUUGUCUUGGGAGUAUGGUGUCUUUAAGUAGAUCUCAUUCCAUUGUACCGCUUUUUAAUCUGCGAUCAUCGAGACACCAUUCUGUGGUUGAUGCAUCUCACCAAUUUCGUCUUCCUGGCUAUUCACCUGUACUUCUUUUCAUAAUCUGAUACUUAUCCUCAUCAUAAAUGGGGAUAGAUUAUGAAUGAACGUAUUAAUUGUACCUUAUAUUAACAAUAUGUUUCCGUUUCUCUAGGGAAAAGUUCUGUUUAGUUUUGCUAUUUAUAUUUGUAUAAUUUAUUGUAGUUGUUAAUGUUUCAAUUUGUGUUUUCUAUUUUAAUUUCAAUAAUAAAUGCUACUGAAAAAUAUACUCGGUGCUGAAUUGA